AAAUAUCACAGCUGCCCAAUCUUUGUUUUGUUUACAAAAAUACGUAUUAAAAACUUAGUUUAAAAGUUUUGAUUGCAGAUUCAAAAUGAGUUUUAGAAAUUAUAAAGACAAAAUUGACGAGGGUGAUACAGUAAUUCUAUAUCUUAGCAAUAACCUGUACGCUAUAGAUGUACGACCUGAAAUAAAGAGUAAAAAAGGCGAUUUGGUUGAAAAUGUUUUCCAAACACCUUUCGGUGCUUUGAAGGUUAGAAACCUAAUCGGAACAGACUAUGGAAGCAAGGUAGAACUAUCAAAAGGUUGGGGGCAUGUGUUGCAGCCAACCCCUGAACUAUGGUCAUUGACCCUUCCACAUAGAACACAGAUCAUCUACACACCAGAUAUUAGUAUGAUAAUAUUGCAAUUGGAUUUAGUGCCAGGAUGUGUUGUUAUUGAAGCUGGAACUGGUAGUGGUUCUUUGACACAUGCACUUAUACGAAGAGUACGACCACAUGGACAUGUCUACACAUUUGAUUUCCAUGAGCACAGAGCAAAUGUAGCGAGAAAAGAGUUUGAGGAACAUGGUCUCUCCGAUUUCGUGACAGCUCAACACAGAGAUGUUCUUGAAGAUGGAUUUGGAGAAAACCUUAAAGGGAAAGCUGAUGCUGUAUUUCUCGAUCUCCCUAGUCCCUGGACGGGAGUACCUCACGUCCUCGACGCUCUGAAAGCUCAAGGUGGUCGGUUCUGCUCGUUCUCACCGUGCAUAGAGCAAGUUCAGAGGACAUGCCUAGCGUUGGAACAGCAUGGGUUCCAAGAGUUAACAACCAUGGAGGUUCUGCAGAGCGAACUCAAGGUCACCAGGAGGACUGUACCAGUUAGGGACCUAUCAUUCCUGAAACACAAGAGUUCUGACAAUCCUGUGGAGGAGAAACCGAGUAGCGACACUAGUUAUGUUGUAGGCGCCUGGCCCGCGAGCACUCCGGGACACACCGGGUACCUAACAGUCGCUACAUUGCCACCAACGUUCGCCAGAAAAAGUCCACAAGCAACGAUUCAAGAUAUCGAUGUAGAGAUGAAGCUGGUCGGAAACGGAAGUGAAACGGUUGUUACCGAAACUGUAUAAUUAUUAUUUAUAUAAUAAAAAUGUACAAAAUAAUAUUUGGUAUUUUUAGUUUAUUAGUAAUAAAUUAAGAUUUAUACCAUUCGAUGAAACAAUAUCAGUUUAGCAGUCGUCAGUCAAGCAGUCGCCUGACAUGAACUGAUAAUCUAAGGUCGCCUAAUAUGGCUGACAAGGGUGGUGAGUCUUUUUUAUAAGUAAAAUAAACAAAAUAACUUACUCACGAAUCUUUUUUAGUAUAUAUAUCUUUUUUACUAUAUUUUAUACAACAUAGAAAAAAAAUGAUACAAAAUAAGAAAAGAACUCUAUAUAAAAUG